AACAAGCUCUCUUUCAUUGUACAUAGUUCAGAGACACCAACGACAAUUAUCACGAAUUCACGACAUUGAAGAUACAAUAGUCGCCCGUCAGAGGUGGAACAUUGACUCCCACUAGGGAUUGACACGACCUUCAGGGGCAAGCGGAAGCGGAGCGAGAAAUGGCUACUGAAGCGGGCAGUGUUGAUGCGUCUGCGACUGGAAACGGAGAUCCGCCAGCUAGAGGUGGAAGAGGAGGUGGGAGAGGUAGAGGACGGGGCGGGCGUGGUCGUGGCAGAGGCGACGGUGCUCAUAAUGAGAAUGGAGGGUACAAUAAUCGACAAUCUCAUCGAGGACGAGGAGGUGGAUUUCGAGGAGCUGCAAACCCACAUGGAGCUCGCCCGCAGGCCGUGCCCGGAAAUGCGGGUACAGCACCAGCUCUAGGGCCAGGAUCUGGAGAGAGCAAAGCUGGCAAGACGAUAGCAGAGGGAGCUGAUGAGAGUGAGGCGGAAGUUUGCUUCAUUUGCGCAAGUCCGGUGAUGCACGAGGCGAUCUAUCCAUGCAACCACCGGACGUGCCAUAUUUGUUCGUUGCGGAUGAGGGCAUUAUAUAAAGACAAGAAUUGUGUUCACUGUCGGACAGAAGGAACUUUUGUGAUCUUUACAGAUAAUGCAGAAAAGCGAUAUGAGGAGUUUACCGAUGCGGAUAUUGCAAGCGUGGACCAGAAUAUUGGGAUCAGAUACGAGAGCAAUGAUAUUCAGGACGACACUCGGCUAUUACUCAGGUACAAUUGCCCGGAUGGAGACUGCGAUGUUGCAUGUCUAGGAUGGCCGGAUCUACAUCGACAUGUCAGGAGUGUACAUCACAAGAAGAUCUGUGAUCUAUGCUCAAGGCAUAAGAAAGUCUUUACUCACGAGCAUGAUCUGUUCACAGACGCCGAGUUGACGAAACACAUGAGAAAGGGAGACGACAAUCCUGGAGCUGUGGACCAAACCGGUUUCAAAGGUCAUCCUAUAUGUUCUUUCUGCAACCAAAGAUUCUAUGGAGAUGAUGAGCUGUUUGUCCAUUGUCGGGAGAAGCAUGAGAGGUGCCAACUUUGCGAUUCGCUAGGUGACGGACGACCACCACAAUACUUCUUGAACUACGAAGCUUUGUACAAUCACUUCAAGGCUGACCACUAUGUUUGCUCACAUCCCAGCUGCUUGGAAAAGAAGUUCAUUGCUUUCACCAGUGAGAUUGAUCUCAAAGCACAUCAGUUGAGUGAGCAUGCCAAUGAUCUAUCGAAGGAUGUUCGCAGAGAUGCAAGGAUAGUGGACAUAUCAACUUUCGAGUAUCGUCAACCAUACGUGCAAGAGCAGAGAGGAGGUAGAAGCCAGAGAGAGCAACGAGAAGAUCAGGGUCGUGGCCGUGGACGAGAUCCGAAUGCUGAGCCAAUUCCGGCUUCAAGUGCUCAGCCACUUCGAAGAGAUGAACAAGCCUUCCAACGUCAGAUGGAGAUACGCACCGCUCAAGCCGCACACUCUCGCACAUUCGGCGGACAGCUAACCGCUCCAACCCCUCCCCAAGGACUACCUCAGUCACGAGUCCGGGCACCACCAAAUACUCCCGUCUCAGGCGCAACUCAAGCUGUGAACACCUCGGAACCCCCAGAGCUGUCGCAGCAAGAACAGGCUCGUCAAUUACGGCACCGCGAAGUAAUCGAGCGUGCUAGCAGGCUUCUUCAGAACGACUCUACCAAGGUCCAACAAUUCCGGGACUCAAUCUCUUCAUACAAGAACGGUGCAUUUUCCGCUACAGGUCUUAUUGAGUCAUUCUUUGCCCUCUUCACAGAUACCACUCCUGGACCCCUUGGCACUUUGAUUCGAGAAGUUGCAGACCUAUAUGAAGACAAGUCGAAAGCAGAUGCGCUAAAAUCUGCGUGGAACAACUGGCGAGCUAUCAAUGAAGACUACCCUUCACUGCCAGCUGCCAGUGGAAGUAGUGGAAGCUCGAUACCCUUGACCUGGGCUGUAAGCUCAUCAGCAGGUCCGUCAGCUGCUAGCAAUGGGAGUGGCGCCAAGAGCAAAAAGUUGUUGAAGCUAAAGGAAAGUACGGCGGCAUCGAAACGCUCUUCCGUCUCUCAAUCUCGUUCUUGGGGUACUUCUUCCACCGCUUCAUCACCGUCGACUUCGAGCGUUGUGAACGCGUUUCCUACCUUACCACCAGCCACUCGACAGAAUGCCAGCUCCACAAAGGUCAGCACAGUCUCAUGGGCUGCAUCUUCAGCAGCUUCGAGCUCAAAUCCAGGAUCUGCUCGACCCACACCUCCCACUUCACGACCAGCCUCAAGGAAUGUUGGUGGCGAUGCCUUCCCUGCUUUACCUCCAGCUGCCAAGCCCCAAAGCACUAUCUUUGGGUAUGGUAAUGGUCGGAUGGUCAGAAGAGAUAUGGGCAGUAGUCCAGUUACUACCUCCAAUCCUUGGGGUCCGCCGUCGGCAAGCAACGGUGGUGGCUCGAAUACCGAUGCUCUCGCCGAGACGGAUGAUGCAAAUGGAAAAGGCAAGAAGAAGGGAAAUAAAGGAAAGAAGCAAGUUCUGAUGAAUUGGGGAUGAGAUGCCUAAGUACCACAGUCAUGUUUCUUGAUAUGGAAGUGCGAUGAUUGAUGAUGCGCUACGGCUUGUACUAGUCUUAUAGAACCAUGUUGUACAUAGGACGACAGAAGAAGGACGGAGAAAGGCAUGGUAGAUAGAAGGCUUAGAUUCCGACGCAAGAUCAAUCAAGCGUGCCUUACUGUAGCCGCUGUCGAUGUGAACAAGUGCCUCGGCAGACUUGGUGGCAGCAGAACUAGAGGAGCACCGAGACCGUGUACUUCAAGCUCUCCGGAAAGGUAUAUACUGCUUGACUACACGCAGCAAGUAUCCC